AUGAUGGCCCUGGUCUUCUGGGUCUUUGCUUUGUUGAGCUCAGUCUGCCUGGCAACAGCCAACAUCUUUGAGUACCAGGUGGAUGCACAGCCACUCCGCCCCUGUGAGCUGCAGAGAGAGAAGGCCUUUCUGACGCAGGCUGAGUAUGUUCCACAGUGCUCCGAAGACGGAAGCUUCCGGACAGUCCAAUGCCAAAAUGAUGGCAGAUCCUGUUGGUGUGUGGAUGUCGACGGCCGGGAAGUACCUGGCAGCAGGCAGCCGGGGAGGCCAACAGCUUGUCUGUCCUUCUGCCAGCUACACAGGCAGCAGAUUCUACUGAACAGUUAUAUCAACAGCACAGACGCCCCCUACCUCCCUCAGUGCCAGGAUUCCGGGGACUAUGCACCUGUGCAGUGUGACCUGUGGCAGGCGCAAUGCUGGUGUGUAGACACAGAGGGGAUGGAGGUAUACGGCACCCGCCAGCGGGGGAGGCCAACGCGGUGUCCAAGGAGCUGUGAGAUACGAAACCGCCGUCUACUCCACGGGGUAGGAGACAAGUCGCCACCCCAGUGCUCUGCAGACGGGGAGUUUAUGGCUGUCCAGUGCAAGUUUGUCAACACCACAGAUAUGAUGAUUUUUGAUCUGAUCCACAGCUAUAAUAGGUUUCCAGACGCGUUUGUGACCUUCAGUUCCUUCCGGAGCAGGUUCCCCGAAGUGUCUGGGUACUGUUACUGUGCGGACAGCCAGGGGCGGGAGCUGGCUGAGACAGGUUUGGAGUUGUUACUGGAUGAAAUUUACGACACCAUUUUCGCUGGCCUGGACCAGGCUUCUACAUUCACUCAGAGCACCCUGUACCGGAUAUUGCAGAGACGCUUCCUGGCCAUCCAAUUAGUCAUCUCUGGCAGAUUCCGAUGUCCCACCAAGUGUGAAGUAGAGCGGUUUGCUGCCACCAGCUUCGGCCACCCGUACAUCCCCAGAUGCAACAGGAAUGGGGGUUACCAGGCGAUGCAAUGCCAGGCACAAGGGCUGUGCUGGUGUGUGGAUGCUCAGGGGACAGAGGUCCCUGGCACCCUGCAGCGAGGGCAGUCACCAUCUUGUGCUGAAGAUCAGUCAUGUACCUCUGAAAGGCGGCAGGCCUUGUCCAGGCUCUACUUUGGAACCCCAGGCUACUUCAGCCAGCAGGACCUGUCAUCUUCUGAGGACAGGCAGACCCCUGCAAGUGGUACCAGAUUGGCCACCUCCUGCUCCCCUGCAAUCAAGGGACUCUUUGUGGACUCUGGGCUUCUACGCGCCAUGGCUGGGGAGCAGUCCCAACAGCUUUCCGCAUCAGGAAGUCUCCUUAGAGAAGCCAUCCAAGCAAUUUUCCCCUCUCGAGAGCUGGCUGGUCUUGCCCUUCGUUUCACCACCAACCCUAAGCGACUCCAGCAAAACCUCUUUGGAGGGACAUUUUUGGUAAAUGCUGCCAAGUUUAACUUGUCAGGAGCCCUUGGAAUAAGAGGCACAUUUAACUUCAGUCAGUUUUUCCAGCAGCUUGGUCUCCCAGGCUUCCAGGAUGGAGGCAGAGCAAUUGAUCUAGGCAAACUUCCCCGCAUCUCUGAGAAGACAGUUGCUAUGAACAAACCAGUUGUGGGUACCUUUGGCUUCAAGGUCAACCUACAAGAGAACCGAAAUGCCUUGAAUUUCCUUGCUUCCCUCCUGGAGCUUCCAGAAUUUCUUGUCUUCUUGCAGCGUGUUCUUUCUGUGCCUGAAGAUGUAGCAAGGGACUUAGGAGAGGUGGUGGAAACGGUGUUCAGUGCUCAGGCUUGCAGACAGACACCUGGAAGGCUCUUUGUCCCAUCAUGUACGGCUGGAGGAAGCUAUGAGGAUAUCCAGUGUUAUGCUGGGGAAUGCUGGUGUGUGGAUUCCCGAGGCAAAGAACUUGAUGGCUCAAGAGUCAGCGGUGCACGCCCCAGGUGCCCCACCAAGUGCGAGAAGCAAAGAGCUCAGAUGCAAAGCCUUGCAGGCAGUCAGCCUGCUGGCUCCAGCCUCUUCGUCCCUUCGUGUACUAGUGAAGGCUAUUUCCUUCCUGUCCAGUGCUUCAACUCAGAAUGUUACUGCGUUGAUGCUGAAGGUCAGGCUAUCCCUGGGACCCAAAGCACAAUCGGCGAACCCAAGCAGUGUCCCAGUGUCUGCCAGCUACAAGCUGAGCAAGCUUUCCUUAAAGCGGCGCAGGUCCUGCUCUCUGACUUCAGCACCCUGCCUUCCCCGUCCAGUGUCUACAUCCCUCAGUGCAGCGCCAGCGGGCAGUGGAGGCGUGUGCAGUGCGAUGGGCCCCCCGAGCAGGUCUUUGAAUGGUAUGAACGAUGGAACACUCAGAGCAGCGACGGCCAGGUGCUGACUCCAGCAGGGCUGUUGACGAAGAUCAUGGGCUACAGAGAAGCAGCUCACGGAAACUUCAGUCUCUUUCUUCAAAGUCUCUAUGAGGCUGGCCAGCAAAGCAUCUUCCCAGUGCUAGCACAGUACCCUUCCUUUCAAGAUGUCCCACAGGCAGUGUUGGAGGGAGCCCUGACUCAGCCCGGGGAGAACAUUCUUCUUGACCCAUACAUCUUCUGGCAGAUCCUAAGUGGCCAGCUCAGCCACUACCCAGGGUCCUACAGAGACUUUAGCAUGCCUUUGGCACACUUCGAUCUCAGGAGUUGCUGGUGUGUGGAUGAGACCGGCCAGGAAGUAGAUGGGACUCGGAACAAGCCAGGCAAGAUGCCAACAUGUUCUGGCCUCUGUGAGGAAGCGAAACUCCGUGCCCUGAAGUUCAUUGAAGAAAUGGAAGAGAUUGUCUUGGCCUCCAAUGGCUCUUCAUUUCCUCUGGGAGAGAGUUUUUUAGCAGCCAAGGGAAUCCAGCUGGCCAGUGAGGAGCUUGGCCUUCCUCCUCUCCACCCAUCCCGGGAGGCUCUCUCUGAGAAGUUUCUGCGUGGGGGUGGAUAUGCCAUUUACUUGGCUGCCCAGUCCACAUUGAAUUUCUAUCAGAGACUUCGAGCUUCCCGGGGAGAGUCCAAUGGAGCUGCAAGUCUUCUGUGGUCAGGACCCUAUGUGCCACAGUGUGAUGUUCUUGGAGGCUGGGAGCCCAUGCAAUGCCAUGCUGGGACCGGACAGUGCUGGUGUGUGGAUGGGCAGGGAGAGUUCAUUCCAGCCUCAAUGACUGCAGGCUCCACCCAGAUGCCCCAGUGCCCCACAAGCUGUGAGCUAUCCCGAGCCAAUGGGCUGCUUUCUGCAUGGAAGCAGGCAGGACCCCAAAGAAACCCAGGCCCAGGAGAUCUGUUCACCCCCACCUGCCUACAGACAGGACAGUAUGCCAGGCAGCAGUCAUCAAAAUCCGGAACCUGGUGUGUGGACCCAGCCUCAGGAGAACGAUUGCCACAAAACACAAACAGCAGUGCUCAGUGCCCAGGCCUCUGUGAUGUUCUCAAGAGUGGAAUCCUGACCCAGAAAGUCAGCCCUGGCUACACCCCAAUCUGCGAGGCACCUGGCGGGGGCUUCUCCCCGGUGCAGUGUGACUUGGCCCAGGGCAGUUGCUGGUGUGUCCUGGACAAUGGGGAGGAAGUGCCUGGGACCCGCGUGGUAGGCGCCCAGCCUGCCUGUGAGAGCCCACGGUGCCCGCUGCCAUUCUCUGAGUCACGUGUGGCUGAUGGAGUGGUCUUCUGUGAGAAGGCUGCUGGUCCAGGAGCGGCCGCCAUUCAGCAGUGCUAUCUGCUCUGCCGCGAGGGCCGUCACAGUGCCUUCCCGCUAGGGCCACUGAUUUGUAGCCUGGAGAGUCUGCGCUGGGUGUCACCGCCGCCACCCCGAGGAGCCUGCCAGCGGCCUCGGCUGUGGCAGACCAUGCAGACCCAAGCACACUUCCAGCUCCUGCUCCCGCCAGGCAAGAUGUGCAGUGCUGCCUACUCCGGCUUGCUUCAGGCCUUCCAGGCCUUCAUACUGGACGAGCUGGCAACCCGUGGCUUCUGCCAGGUCCGGGUGAACACAUUUGGGACCCUGGUUUCCAGUACUGUCUGUGACAACUCCUCGGUUCAGGUGGGGUGUCUGACUGCAGAGCGUUUAGGUGUGAAUGUCACAUGGAAAUUACGGCUUGGGGACAUCUCAGUGACCUCACUUCCAGAUUUACCCAGCAUCGAACGGGCUUUACUGGGCCAGGAUCUCCUUGGACGCUUCACAGAUCUGAUCCAAAGUGGCAAGUUCCAGCUUCAUCUGGACUCCAAGACAUUCACAGCAGACUCCUCCCUGUACUUCCUGCAUGGGGGCAGCUUUGCCACCUCUCCCAGGACUCAGCUUGGGUGCUUGGAAGGAUUCUACAGGGUCUCAGCGACGAGUCAGGACCCUCUGGGCUGUGUGAAGUGUCCCGAAGGAAGCUUCUCUCAGGAUGGGCGGUGUAUUCCCUGUCCCGCUGGCACCUACCAGGAAGAGGCAGGCAGCUCAGCCUGCUUCCCAUGCCCAAGAGGCAGAACGACCAUCACCACUGGUGCCUUCAGCAAGACUCACUGUCUCACUGACUGCCAGAGGAAUGUGGCCGGCCUACAGUGUGACCAGGACGGCCAGUACAAAGCCAGCCAGAGGGACAGGGACAGUGGAGCGGCCUUCUGUGUGGACAGCGAGGGAUGGAGGCUACAGUGGUUACAGACAGAGGCGGGACUCUCAGAUUCCCAGUGCCUGAUGAUGCAGAAAUUUGAGAAAGUUCCAGAAGCAAAGGUGAUCUUUGAUGCCAGUUCUCCUGUGAUAGUCAAGUCAAAAGUCUCUGGGAAUGACUCCUCAGCUCCACUGGUACAGUGCUUGGCAGAUUGUGCAGAUGACGAGGCCUGCAGCUUCCUUACAGCGUCCACAAUGGCCCGAGAGGUUUCCUGUGACUUCUAUUCUUGGACAAGAGACAACUUUGCCUGCAUGACUUUUGACCAGGAACAAGAUGCUGCGGGCAGCUCGAAGGCAACUAGCUUCAGAAGCCUUAAGUGCCAGAUGAAAGUGAGGGCUGGCAGGGCAGAUUCUCUGGCUGUGUUUGCGAAGAAAGGCCACGAAUUCACCGCGGCUUCCCAGAAGAGUUUCGAACCAACAGGCUUUCAAAAUGUGCUCUCCGGGUUGUACAGCCCUGUAGUGUUUUCAGCCUCAGAAGCCACCCUGACAGAUGCACACCUCUUCUGCCUGCUUGCCUGUGAGCAUGACUCCUGCUGUGAUGGUUUCAUCCUCACACAGGUCAAAGCAGGGCCCACCAUCUGUGGACUUCUCAGCUCUCCUGACAUUCUGGUUUGCCACAUGAGUGACUGGAGGGAUGACUCUGAUACUCAGGCCAACGCUACAUGUGCUGGAGUGACGUAUGACCAGGGGACCCGCCAGAUGGCCUUGAUUCUGGGAGGCCAGGAGUUCCUGCAGGGUCUGACACUCUUGGAGGGCACUGGAGAAGCCGUUACCAGCUUCCAGCAGGUUUACCUCUGGAAAGAUUCUGACAUGGGGUCUUGGCCUGAGUCUAUGGGAUGUGGAAGGGACGUGGUACCAAGGUUAGACUCUCCAGCAGAAGCAGAUAUGGCAACAGAACUUUUCCUGCCUGUGGACACUAACCAGGUCAUUGUCAAUGCAAGCCACUCAUUGCCCAGCCAGCAGUACAGGCUCUUCACACAUCUGUUUUCAGCAGAGCAGGCAAACCUGUGGUGCCUUACUCGGUGUGCCCAGGAGCCCGAUUUCUGUCGGUUCACAGACAUAUCGGAGAGCACGUCUUUGUAUUUCACCUGCUCCCUCUACCCAGAAGCCCAGGUCUGCGACAGUGUCCUGGAAUCUAAUGCCAAGAACUGUAGCUGGGUUCUUCCCCACCAACCAAAGGCCCUCUUCCGGAAGAAAGUUGUGCUGAACGACCGAGUGAAGAACUUUUAUACUCGCCUGCCAUUCCAAAAGCUCACAGGGAUUUCCAUCAGAGACAAAAUCCCCAUGUCUGGGAAACCCAUUUCCAACGGGUUCUUCGAAUGUGAGAGGCUCUGUGACAGGGACCCAUGCUGCACUGGCUUUGGUUUUCUAAAUGUCUCACAGUUGCAAGGAGGAGAGGCGGCCUGCCUGACCCUGAACAGCAUGGGGAUUCACACGUGCAGUGAGGAGAAUGGAGGGGCCUGGCGCAUUCUGGACUGCGGCUCUGGGGACACUGAGGUCUACACCUAUCCCUUCGGGUGGUACCAGAAGCCUGCUGUGCAGAGUGGCAUUCCCAGCUUCUGCCCUCCCGCUGCCCUGCCGUCCCUCGCCGAGGACAAGGUUGCUCUGAACGCCUGGCAGACGCUGCCCCUCUCUUCAGUGAUUGUGGACCCAUCCAUCAAGCACUUUGAUGUCGCCCAUGUCAGCACCACAGCCACCAACAACUUCUCUGUGGCCCAGGACUUCUGCUUGCAGGAAUGCUCCCGUCACCAGGCCUGCCUUGUCACCGCCCUGCAGAUCCAGCCUGAGGGUGUGAGGUGCGUGUUCUAUCCUGACACACAGAGCUGCUUGCAUAGCCUAAAGAGCCACACCUGCUGGCUUUUACUCCGUGAAGAGGCUGCAUACAUCUAUCGGAAAUCUGGAAUCCCUCGGCUCCUCUCUGAUGUAGCAUCCACACCUUCUGCACGCAUCGACCCCUUGGGCCAGCUUCAGGGUAGGACUCAGGUCGUCAAGGUGGGCACUUCUUGGAAGCAGGUCCACCAGUUCCUUGGCGUUCCAUACGCUGCCCCACCCUUGGGAGACAGUCGCUUCAGGCCACCAGAGGUCUUGAAUUGGACAGGCUCCUGGGACGCCACCAAGCCAAGGGCCAGCUGCUGGCAACCAGGUACCCGUAGCCCAACGCCUCCCCAAAUCAGUGAAGACUGCUUGUAUCUCAAUGUGUUUGUCCCCGAGGGCCUGGUCUCCAAUGCCUCAGUUCUGGUGUUCUUCCACAAUGCCAUGGAGAUGGAAGGCAGCGGGGGACAGCUGACCAUCGAUGGCUCCAUCCUGGCCGCAGUUGGCAACUUCAUUGUAGUCAUUGCCAAUUACAGAGUUGGGGUCUUCGGCUUCCUGAGUUCAGGCUCUGACGAAGUAGCUGGCAACUGGGGGCUGCUGGACCAGGUGGCAGCUCUGACCUGGGUGCAGACCCACAUUGAAGCUUUUGGUGGAGACCCUCGGCGCGUGACACUGGCAUCAGACCGUGGUGGGGCCGAUGUGGCCAGCAUCCACCUUCUCAUCACCAGGGCUACCAGGAUCCAGCUCUUCAGGAGGGCUCUGCUUAUGGGAGGCUCUGCACUAUCCCCAGCUGCUGUCAUCAGCCCUGACAGGGCCCAACAGCAAGCCGUGGCCUUGGCAAAGGAGGUUGGAUGCCCUACCUCAGCCAUCCAAGAAGUGGUGUCCUGCCUCCGCCAGAAGCCUGCCAACAUCCUUAAUGAUGCUCAGACCAAGCUCUUGGCUGUUAGUGGCCCUUUCCACUACUGGGGCCCUGUAGUCGAUGGCCAGUACCUGCUCGAAGUUCCAGCCAGAGCGUUGAAGAGGCCUCUGCCAGUGAAGGUGGAUCUACUCAUAGGGGGUUCUCAGGACGAUGGGAUCAUCAACAGGGCGAAGGCUGUGAAGCAAUUUGAGGAGCGCCAAGGCCGAACCAACAGCAAGACCGCCUUUUACCAGGCACUGCAGAACUCACUAGGUGGUGAGGACUCAGAUGCCCGUGUCCUCACGGCCGCUGUAUGGUAUUACUCCCUGGAGCACUCCACAGACGACUACGCCUCCUUCUCAAGGGCACUGGAGAAUGCCACUCGGGACUACUUUAUCAUCUGUCCUAUGGUCAACAUGGCCAGCCUCUGGGCAAGGAGAACCCGUGGAAACGUCUUCAUGUACCACGUGCCUGAAAGCUAUGGCCAUGGCAGCCUGGAAUUGCUGGCAGAUGUGCAGUAUGCUUUUGGGCUGCCCUUCUAUUCUGCCUACCAGGGCCAGUUCUCAACGGAGGAGCAGAGGCUGUCCCUGAAGGUCAUGCAGUACUUCUCCAACUUCGUCAGAUCGGGAAAUCCCAACUACCCACACGAGUUCUCAAGGAAGGCAUCUGAGUUCGCAGUGCCCUGGCCUGACUUUGUCCCCGGAGCUGUAGGAGAGAGCUACAAGGAGCUCAGUGCCCAGCUUCCCAAUCGCCACGGCCUGAAACGAGCUGACUGCUCCUUCUGGUCCAAGUACAUCCAGGCUUUGAAGGAUGCAGAUGGAGCCAAGGAUGCACAAUCAGCCAACAGUGAAGAGGAAGGCUUGGCAGUAGACACUGGGCUGGAAGAAGACGUCUCAGGUUCCCUGGAGCCUGGCCCUAAGAGCUACAGCAAAUGACCAGCCCUGAGACCUCCCAUCUCAAACUGCCCAACAUGGUGACUUUGCUAUAUACAGCCAUUUACUAUCAAUAAAAUAUCUGCAUACAGAAAA